AUGUCGCACGGUCUGUGCGCCUGCCUCCUCCCUCUGUCCGUGCGCCCGCACUCUCAAGCCCUUCCCCCAGCGCCCAACCUCUGCGGUUUGCGCCCGCUGACUCCGCCCACCGCCUUGCGGAGGCGGGAUCUGGGGGGACUCGGCGGAGAUUCCCCCAAUCUGCCGUUCGCGGGGGAAGAAUCCGGCGGAGCGGGGCUUUUGGCAGCGCGCGGGGCGUUUUUGCGCGGGAGGGUUGCGCGGAGAGGGCCCGCCCCCGCGCGAUCGCUGGGCGCGCGGGGGAGCGGGGGGGUGCACGGGGGAAUGCGCAGGCGGAAACGACGAGUGUGGACCCGGCGUGGGGAAGAGGAGGAGGCGGAGAAGGGGAGGGGCGGAGGCGGAAGCGAUACGGAUGCGAAUGAUUUGGGUGGGGUGUACUUGCGGAGAGGUGUGGGAAGGGGGAAGGAGGGGGGAGAGAGAGAGAAAGGGAAAGGAGAACGGGAGAGAGGGGAAGUAGUGGAGGGAAAGAGGGGUGGCAUGGGGGGUGCGGGUGGAGGGAGGGAUGGAAAAGAGAGCGAGAAGGAGAGGAGUGAUAGUAAGGAGGAGGGCGCAAGGGUAUCUAGAAAUGGGUUGGCUGGAUCAAAGGGGACGGCGAAUCCGAGAGGGGAGAGACGGAACGGAAUGGCGGGAGGGGGGAAUCAGAGGGAGAGAGUAAGAGAGGGAGUCGAGGGAUUAGAGAUUUCUGAGGCGGUUGGGAUGAGGGGCGAAGGCAGAGGAACGAGAGGGGUGAGAGGGGCAACAGGUGCAACAGUCACAACAGAUGCAAGAGGGACAGGGGAGGAAGCAGAGGGAGUGAGGGGGGGUGCUGGGAGGAGUGUGGAGGGCGGGGCAGGGGAGGUGGUGGGUGCUGUUGCAGGCACUGUUGUUGAAGCUGUGAUGGGCGUUACUGGUACUGUCAAGGAUGUGACGGAAUCAGUGACAGAAUCCGUCUUGGAUACAGUGACAGACAUGACUGAGACAGUGAAAGACGUGAAGGAUAGCGUGGAGGAGACUAUAAAGGGUACGGUGCGGGAAGUGGCAGAAACAGUAAAGGACGCAGUAGAAGGCACUGUAAAAGAUGUGACAAAAUCGGUCAUAAAGGAAAAGGAAGAGGAGGAGGAAGACAUGAGUCCCAUGCGAAUGCUGCUAGGAGCGAGUGAGGAGAGAGGGAGAAAGGCACAAUCCCAACUAGGAAUAAUCCAGCACCGUCCCUCCAUAGUCUCUCUCCUCUACAACCUCUAUUCACACAUGCUCAAACAGCCGCCUCUUGUCUUCUCUCUUGCUGUCUGCUCCGCCCCGCUCCUCCUCUCCCUGCUCUUCACCUUGCUCUACCUCCCGGACCUGGAUGGCUUGGUGGUGGAGGAGACGCUCCUAACCUACCUCCAAACCUCCGUCGCAGCUUCGGCAGCCAGUGCUCUGGAGGACGAGUCCUUCUUUGCAGGUCCGGCAAUGGCUAUGGCUCGGGGCAUGGGAUCAGCUGUGGAGCCGGCAGGAGCGGCAGCAGCAGCAGCAGCAGCAGAAGCAGGGCUAGAACCGGCUCUAGCACCGGCGUCGCCAUACGCGCUCGUGGUUGCGAAUGUGAAUGCUCUAGUGGCUCAGCUGCUGUUUGUGUUUCUCAGUGGAGCGGUUUUCGCGAGGCUCACCCAUCCGGUGGAUCCGAUUUUGUGCUCCAAAAUCGCCUGCAUCACCCCUCCCUUACAGCAGCCACAGCAGCAACAGCAGGGUGUGAACGUGCUUGGAGGUGCAGCUGGGGGAUCGGGGCAGUCCCCGCCGGUUCGCUACCCUCCUGCUGCCCGUUCACUCUCCCGCAGCAUCAGCAGUGCCAACUUUGGAGGCAGCGCAGCCUUCGCCGCCUCAAGUAGUUUCCCAGCUGCUGCUGGUACUGCAGUGGCAGGAGGAGGAGGAGCAGAAGGAGGCGGGUUUGGCACGGGUGGUGGUGGGAUGGGGGGCGGGAGGGGGUGUGAGCGCAUGCUGCUGGUGCGGUAUGUGCUGGCGGGGCCACAGCCGUGUGAGCUGGUGGAUGUGAAGGUGGAGCUCACUCUCAAGCACAACACCCUCUCCUGCACCGGCCGUUUCUUUCGCCAAGUGGAUCACCUUAAGCUGGUGCGGUCAGAGGACUCAUACCAGCGCUACGGCAUGACAGUUCGGCACCUGAUUGACGAGUCCAGUCCGUUGUACGGCCGGUCUCGAGAUGACCUCUGCCUCGUCAACGCCCAGCUCAGCCUCGCUGUCAUUGGCAUGGAGCGCGCGUCCAUGCAGCCAGUGUUCCAUGUGGAGGACUACUUUGUAGCAGACGAAGACGUCAUAUGGAAUGCAGAUUUUGAGGAUAUGGUGUACCGCGAUGACAAGAAUAGACUUCUAGUGGACCACAGGAAGAUCAGCAACUGGGUAGGGAUUGAACUCUGA